UUCCCCUUCUGCAGUUUACACACCACUGAGUCAGUGCCUUAUUCAGACAGCUGUCUCCACACCACUGCAGCGCAGAUCCAUCUCAUUCCUGCUGCUUGAGCUUCUACAUCCUGCGGUACCAUGUCCAGCACUGUAGCUGCCUACAAGGAGAAAAUGAAGGAGCUAUCAAUGCUCUCGCUAAUCUGCUCUUGUUUCUACUCUCAACCACAUCCCAACACAAUUAGCAAAUUUGGUGAUAUGGAAGUGAAACCAAUUAAUAAGCGUGCAUCUGGGCAAGCUUUUGAAGUGAUCCUGAAGCCCCAGUCAACUGACCUGACACCUGAACAACCCAUCUCACCAAAGAAGAAGGAAAUCUCUUUGGAGGAACUUCAGCAACAACUGGAUGCUGCCGAGGACAGGAGAAAGUCUCAAGAGAUGCAGCUUCUGCAGCAACUUGCAGAAAAGCAACAACAUAGGCGUAUUGUUCUACACAGGGCAAUUGUGGAUAACUGUGACUUCAGCAGAACUACUGAAAGGAAGUUAAAUCAGAAGAUGGAAAUUUGUAAUGAAAAUCGCAAAGCUCAUAUAGCUGCCCUUAAAGAUCGUCUUCGUGAAAAGGAAAGGCAUGCAGCUGAGGUUCGUAGGAACAAGGUGUUACGAGAGGAACUUUCUGGAUAAAUAUCUUUCUAUCACAUCGUGAAGAACACCCUUGAACAAAUCUAAUAACAAUAUCCUGGCUAUCAAGUUAUGAUUUUUGUUCCUGAAUUCAGUACUUCUAAUAGUUCAUGCUUUUUUUGCAUUCAGAUUAUUGGUUCUUAUUUCAUGUGCAAUACAGAAAGUCGUAAGCAGGCAAAAAUCAGCAAAAUAUCAAUAGUCUAAUGAUAUUUAAAAUGUUCAGAGUAUUAAUUGUUAUUGACAUCAUAAUAUGCCAAUGUAUUUUAACAUGUGUACAUACAUAGACCCAUUAUAUUGAUUAACAGUUUCAACCUACAAUUAGAAAAGUUUAACCAACAAAUUGAUUAAUUUUUUUUAUUCAAUAUGUAAUGUGCCAUUGGGCCUACAUUGACAUUAUUAUGGGCACUUAAGCAUUGCCAGCUUUUGAAUGGUUUUACCACUGUGUAAUCAUUGGAGAUCCUUUCGAGGAUAGCAAUUCUCCAGCAUGCCAUUGUUGUUGUGAUCCCCAGCCAUAUGAAGACUAACUGGAGAUCACUGGAGCAAAUAAUAACACAUAUCAAUAAUUUAUGUAUGUCUGGCCAAGUUCAUCAAAUCAAAUAAUAAAAGUGACUGUUCCCAAUCAUACUUCUGAACAAGCAACCCAAAGAUAUAUAUUUUAAAUUGUUUAAAUAACUUAUGUACUUUAUAAUCGUUGUAUUUUUAAACUUAUUAUUAAUGUAAUAAUUUAACAAAUAUAAUUUUAAGUGAAUGUCUUGUCGAAUCACAUCUUAAUAAUGAUUGCUUGCUGCCCAUAGGGCCUUAUAUAUUUAGAGAACAUAAAAAUAUGUAGGCCUUCAACAGACCUAUCCAUUUGACAGCUGAUCUUGUUGGUUGAACUUGUUAAUAAAUGGAGUAAGUUCCAUCUAUAAAUAAAAAAAACAUCAUUGGUAACAUUGUAUAGUACAUCUGUCAGAUUAAGCAACUCUUCCUAUAACUUAUGCUCACUAAAGAGGGAGAAACCUUCCAUGUAAGUUAGCAACAUUUUGGUGAAAUUAGUCUCCCUGCAACAAGUAAAUGGUUAAUUGUAUGUGUGAGAAAUUCCUAAAUUAUUCAGCUGAAUUUUUGUCUUAUUACUGCUGUAGCUGUGCUGAGUAGAAAUGGUUUGCCAAAUACAAAGCUGUAUAAGUUAUGGAUUGUUUAGUGUGGAGUAUCUGACUUUGAAAACUUUUUUGUAAAUACCUAAUUUUCUUUAAAAGAUUGUGUUCAGCAAGCUAGCACAAACCUUUAAUAUGUAACACUGUACUUUGCUAACAUCUACUUUACUUAUGUGCCAUUUCACCUCGAACUCUGACAGUUUGUAUAUCUGCCUAUUGGACUUGAAACUAGAGUCAGGGUAAGACCGUAAAUGGUGCUAGAUACUUUUGUCUACUAACUAUACUAGAAGGUGGCAUGUUUUUAAUCACUUGAUUAGAUCUUGCUAUUUAUUGAUGUGUUUGUAUUUGAAUCCUUUGGGCUUUUUGGGAGGAUGUUAACAAUUCUCUCCCACCAUACAGUUAAAAGUCACAGAAAGAUGAUCACCCUGAAGAUUCUUGCCCAUUAUAGGUUCCAUAAUGUGCAUUUUAACGUCAGGUCAAAAUUGUUGUAGUGUGCAAGAUGUGGUUACAAAAUAAAAUCCAUGAUAUACACA